UAUAGGUAACAAUGCCCAAUUUUGAGUUCAUCUAGUUCCUUGCAUAAUGGCAACCGAGAAACCUGAAUCCUUGAAAUCCUUGGAGUCUCUGUCGAGUGUCACGUCGGGAAGGAAGAAGUUUGACCCGGUGACGGGUGUCAAACGAGGCCUCAAAACUCGCCAUAUUUCUAUGAUGGCAUUGGCAGGAAUAAUUGGCCCUGGGGCUUUUUUAGGUCUUCUGAGAGCAUUAAAUAAUGGAGGACCCGUUGGUCUUUUGGUGGGGUUUUCCAUCGUCGGGAUCUUGGUGGUGGUGAUGAUGUUUUCUAUUGGAGAACUCAAUUCCAUGUUUGACUUCAACUUCAACUCCCAUGCUGCAAGAUGGGUGGAUCCCGCUUUUGGUGCCGCUUUGGGUUGGAACUAUGCAUUUUUGUGGGUGUGUACUCUCAUUUCAGAGUAUGUGGCAGUGACUUCAACCCUUCAAUUUUAUAGUGAAAAAGUCCCAAUUUACGGGUAUUACUUGAUUUUGUGGUUCUGCUUUUCCCUAUACCAAAUGUUGGGAGUCGACGUUUUUGGUGAGGUGGAAUAUAUCUUAGCCCUUGUGAAAAUUGUCUUCAUAUCUGGGUUCUACUUAUUUGCCAUAAUAUCUGCUGCUGGUGGAAUUAAAGGUCAUAGUCCCGGAAACCCAUUUCGUGACUAUCCUUUGGCUCAUGGCUUCAAAGGAAUUGCUAAGUCUUUUGUUUAUGCUGCCCAAUUUUACGUGGGGGUUGAGAGUCUUUCGGUGACGUUCACCGAGCUGAGAAAUGUCAGAAAGGCCGUGAAAAGAGCGGUUCUGCAGUCGAUUUUUAGGAUCUUUUACAUCUAUUUUGGUCUUUCAAUCGCCUAUGGGAUCACUGUUCCUUGGAACGACCCUGCGUUAUCUGAUGGAAGUGCUAUCCUCAAUUCGGUCAUGACUAUUGCUCUUGUGAAGGCUGGCUGGAAGAAUGCCGGUUAUUAUGUUACCACCGUCAUCCUUGUCACUUGCGUGUCGUCCAUUAAUAGUGCAGUCUACUUUUGUGCUCGGUGUAUAAUGAGACUUUCUGUUGAGGGUUAUGCUCCUAAAGUGUUGGCCAAGGUUAAUAAGAAUGGGGUUCCCUGGGUUGCUUGUAAUCUUGUCCAUCUUUUUGGAUUUAUUUCCUUGUUGUCUAUGGACAGUACGUCUUCAGUUGCAUACGGUUAUAUUGUUGGGUUGUCUGGAGUAAGUGCCUUCAUAGUAUGGACAGGGAUAAUCUUCACCCAUUUCAAAUUCAGAAAGGGCUGGCUCCAACAAGGAAAUAGUGCCUCCGAUUUACCGUUUAAGGCCCCUUUCUAUCCAUAUUCGAACUAUUUGGGGAUAUUUGUUGGAAUCUUUUUAUGUUUGGUUCAGGGAUGGACGGUGUUUGUUCCUUUCCAAGCAGGCCAAUUUGUGGACUUAUAUAUAAUGUUGCCAUUAUUUCCCAUUUUUUACUUGAUAUUCAAGUUUUGGAAGAAAACCAAGUGGAUACGGUCUGAAGAUAUGGACUUUGAGACCAACAGAAUUGACCAUGAAGUAGAGGUUGGAGAGAAGAAUGAAGACGCAACAGAAACGGUGGUAGAAGUUCCUUCCAAAAAACAGAAGAUUCUGAAGCUUAUUUGGAAUUACUUUUAGUAGUGUGUAGAUCAAUGUACCUUUCAGCAAGAU